AUGGUGGUGAGUGAGAAAAACCCCUCUUGGUUAAAGUCGCCAAACCCUGUUCCCCCUACUCAUUUCUUACAUUCAGUGGUACUGAGAGAGGUUGAAGGCGGCGUGAGAAGAAGCAUGUUGGACAUCAACCUUUUCAGGGAGGAGAAGGGACAUAACCCUGAACUCAUCCGCGAAUCCCAACGCCGUCGUUUUGCCCCCGUCGAAAUCGUCGACGAGGUCAUCAAUCUCGACAAAGAAUGGCGAAAGCGUCAAUUCGAGUUGGAGAAUCUUCGCAAGGAAUUUAACAAGAUCAAUAAGGAAGUCUCCAAACUCAAGCGUGCUGGUGAGGACGCUUCUAAGGUCAUUAGUGAAUCGGAGGAGACGAAGAAAUUGAUCGCUGAGAAAGAGGUUGAAGUUCGGGAAACACUAAAUCUCUUGAAUUCCAAGUUGGAAACUAUUGGAAAUCUCGUCCACGAUUCCGUUCCAGUCAGCAACGAUGAGGCCAACAAUGCUGUGCUUCUCGGGAUAGCAGAUACAAAGAAAGGAGCUGAUAUAGCUGGAGGUAGAGGUUUCUAUCUCAAAGGAGAUGGUGUUCGUCUUAAUCAAGCUCUUAUCAACUUUGGGCUUGAUUUUUUGGAGAAAAGGGAUUAUACUUUAUUGCACACUCCUUUCUUCAUGAGAAAAGAUAUAAUGUCAAAGUGUGCUCAAUUAGCCCAAUUUGAUGAAGAACUGUAUAAGGUAACUGGUGAAGGAGAUGACAAAUAUCUGAUUGCAACAGCAGAACAGCCACUCUGUGCGUAUCACUUAGAUGAUUGGAUCCACCCAUCCCAGCUACCAAUAAGAUAUGCUGGAUAUUCAUCAUGCUUUCGCAAAGAAGCUGGUUCUCAUGGGCGAGACACACUAGGAAUAUUCCGAGUUCACCAAUUUGAGAAAGUGGAGCAGUUUUGCCUUACUAGCCCAAAUGACAAUGAUUCGUGGAAUAUGCAUGAGGAAAUGCUGAAGAACUCUGAAGAUUUUUACAAAGCGAUUGAUGUCUUGUUAAACCUUCCAUAUCAAGUUGUUUCCAUUGUAUCUGGUGCUUUGAAUGAUGCUGCAGCAAAGAAGUAUGAUCUAGAAGCAUGGUUUCCAGCCUCCCAAGCUUACAGAGAGCUGGUGUCCUGUUCAAACUGUACAGACUAUCAGGCCAGAAGAUUAGAAAUUCGAUUUGGUCAGAAAAAGAGCAAUGAACAGAUGAAGCAAUACGUUCACUUGUUGAACUCUACCCUCACGGCUACCGAGAGGACCAUUUGCUGCAUACUAGAGAACUACCAGAAGGAAGAUGGGGUAGAGAUACCAGAAGUCCUCCAACCAUUUAUGGGGGGAAAGACUUUCCUGCCUUUCAAGAACCAACCGUCUAAUGAAGCCAAAGGGAAGAAAUCGAAGGCCUAA